GCAUGUUUGUCCCGAAUUCGGUUUGGGUGGCUGUUUGCGGUCAGCGUAGUGGCCCGUUAGUUAACAGUUUCAGUAACGCCUGCUUUGUGAUUGACACUGCAAGUGGGUGAUAUUUCAAAGUACACCGAGCGUAGGCGGCUUUGUUAACGAAAGGCGCCGCAGCCCUCAUUGCUUUGAAUUUGCCUCCUCUUCCACUGCCGGGUGUGUGGGAGGGAACGGGAUUGGGUUCGGUUCGCUUCGCUUCGCUUUGUCUGUAGGGGAAUCUCCUCCGCUUUAGAUGAAUGACGUUCGUGCCACAUUCCAGCAUUUGCAGUCUCCUGUGGCCGUGUCUCCCUUCACUCGCCGAGGAUUUUGUUUGGAGGCGAGCUGGGUUGCGGGAGGACGGCUCGCCGGGCCGAGCCGUGGCGUGUCGCCUCCAUGGACGCCGGAGACGAGAUGGACAUGGAAGUUAUGAAUCCUCUAAUAGAAGUAACCCACACUUCUGAAGAAGUGUCUGAGGAAGAGCAGGAAUCUGAACUAACAGGUUUGCAUUUGCGGCAAACUGGGGAUGAACAGGGCAUAUCGUUCACACAAACAUUAAUUCAUUUGUUGAAGGGAAAUAUUGGAACCGGACUGUUAGGUUUACCACUUGCAAUAAAAAACGCAGGGCUUAUGCUGGGACCAAUCAGCCUUGUUCUUAUGGGAAUAGUGGCAAUUCAUUGUAUGCAUAUUGUAGUGCGCUGUAGCCACCACUUCUGUCAAAGAUUUAAAAGGCAGAGCCUGAGUUAUGGUGAUACAGUUACAUUUGCGAUGGAACAUGGACCAUUUCCUUGUCUUCGAAGCAAAGCUCCAUUGGGAAGGAUGACUGUAGAGUUUUUCCUCGUCAUUACACAGCUGGGAUUUUGCUCAGUUUAUUUUGUAUUCGUUGGUGUUAACAUGAAACAGCUAGUGGAAGGUUUCCUGAGGAAUCACACAAGUCACAGUGACCUAAACAUCACAAGAACUUUGCAGUUCCAUAGUGAAGAUUGGAAUGUUGAUGCAAGGAUUUACAUGCUGAGCUUAAUUCCUAUUUUGGUCUGCAUUGUGUUUAUUCGUGACCUAAAGUACCUUGCAGUAUUUUCAUUCUUGGCGAAUCUUUCAAUGGCUGUCAGUCUAUUUAUCAUCUAUCAGUAUAUAAUUAGGGACAUAACUCAUCCAAAGAAACUUCCUCUGAUUGCCAGCUGGAAAAAAUAUCCUCUUUUCUUUGGGUCUGCGAUAUUUGCCUUUGAAGGAAUUGGGUUGGUUCUUCCUUUAGAAAAUAAAAUGAAGCAAAGAAAACAAUUUCCACAAGCAUUAAAUAUUGGUAUGGGCAUCGUCACAGCUUUGUACGUUUCGCUCGCAACCCUUGGGUAUCUGCACUUUGGUGAUAGUAUCCAGGGCAGUAUUACAUUAAACCUUCCACAAGACAUAUGGUGUAGUGAGGUAUGACGUCAUCUUUUUGUGAAGUGGCCUUUGGAGGAUCCUGCAUUUGAGAUGACGUCUUCCUGGCUGUGUUUUGCUGCUUGGAUGUUGAUGGUAAUGGUACUCAGCCCCUCCUGUGCCUCUGCUGCUGUUUCCUCAGACAAGAUAGUACCACCUUUUUCUGAGGUAUCAGUGAUGGAUUGGGUUGUUGAUGUACUUUUUGGAUUGCCAGCGCCUGAGAAAGAUUUUGCGUCAGUAUCCGCUGUUUGUUUUCUGUGAACAUAGAUAAAAGCAGAAGCAAGAAGCAUAUAUUUGCCUUUGUUACAGUAUAAUGGAUAUCCAAAUAAUUGGAGUUUGUUAUUGUACAUGCUCUUUUUACUGCACUGUAUAUAAUCCUUGUAUUAAAGUGACAAUGGAAAAUCUGAGGGAAUUGUGCGUGUAUUUUCCUCCUUAUGCCAUUGAAUAUUGCAGGCACUUUUUUUUUUAAACGGAGUGCCUCCCAAUGUUUUAAAAUGAAAAUACCAUUCCUCGUCCUCGUUAUCUACGGGAAUGGUACCAGAGGAUUGGAGGGAGGCAAAUGUUGUCCCCUUGUUCAAAAAAGGUAGUAGGAAUAGUCCAGGUAAUUAUAGACUAGUGAGCCUUACGUCUGUGGUGGGAAAGCUGUUGGAAAAGAUUCUUAGAGAUAGGAUCUGUGGGCAUUUAGAGAAUCAUGGUCUGAUCAGGGACAGUCAGCAUGGCUUUGUGGAGGGCAGAUUGUGCCUAACAAGCCUGAUAGAGUUCUUUGAGGAGGUGACCAGUCAUAUAGGUGAGGCUAGUGCAGUGGAUGUGAUCUACAUGGAUUUUAGUAAGGCAUUUGACAAGGUUCCACAUGGUAGGUUUAUUCAGAAAGUCAGAAGGCAUGGGAUCCGGGGAAGUUUGGCCAGGUGGAUUCAGAAUUGGCUUGCCUGCAGAAGGCAGAGGGUUGUGGUGGAGGGAGUACAUUCAGAUUGGAGGGUUGUGACUAAUGGUGUCCCACAAGGAUCUGUUCUGGGACCUCUACUUUUUGUGAUUUUUAUUAAUGACCAGGAUGUAGGGGUAGAAGGGUGGGUUGGCAAGUUUUGCAGACAACACCAAGGUUGAUGGUGUUGUAGAUAGUGUAGAGGACUGUCGAAGAUUGCAGAGGGACAUUGAUAGGAUGCAGAAGUGGGCUGAGAAGUUGCAGGUGUUCAACCCAGAGAAGUGUGAGGUGGUACACUUUGGAAGGACAAACUCCAAGGCAGAGUACAAAGUAAAUGGCAGGAUACUUGGUAAUGUGGAGGAGCAGAGGUAUCUUGGGGUACAUGUCCACAGAUCCCUGAAAGUUGCCUCACAGGUAGAUAGGACAGUUAAGUUUAUGGGGUGUUAGCUUUCAUAAGUCGAGGGAUAGAGUUUUAGAGUCACGAUGUAAUGAUGCAGCUCUAUAAAACUCUGGUUAGGCCACUUUUGGAGUACUGUGUCCAGUUCUGGUCGUCUCAGUAUAGGAAGGAUGUGGAAGCAUUGGAAAGGGUACAGAGGAGAUUUACCAGGAUGCUGCCUGGUUUAGAAAGUAUGGAUUAUGAUCAAAGAUUAAGGGAACUAGGGCUUUACUCUUUGGAGAGAAGGAGGAUGAAAGGAGACAUGAUAGAGGUGUACAAGAUAUUAAGAGGAAUAGAUAGAGUGGAUAGCCAGCGCAUCUUCCCCAGGUCACCACUGUUCAGUACGAGAGGGACCUGGCUUUAAGGUAAGGAGAGGGAAGUUCAAGGGGGAUAUUAGAGGAAGGUUUUUUUAUUCAGAGAGUGGUUGGUGCAUGGAAUGCACUGCCUGAGUUGGUGGAGGCAGAUACACUAGUGAAGUUUAAGAGACUACUAGACAGGUAUAUAGAGGAAUUUAAGGUGGGGAGUUAUAUGGGAGGCAGGGUUUGAGGGUCCUUACAACAUUGUGGGGCGAAGGUCCUGUACUGAGCUGUACUGUAUGCUCUAUAGUCUAUGUUAAUAAUAUGUUUAAAGCAUCGAUACAUAUAGAUUCGAAAUAUGCAUCAAAGUUAUCAAUAGUAGUCCCAUGUAAAAUGUGUCAUUGAGAGCCCUAGACAUACAAGGCCUUUACAAGUGUUGGGAUAUUUGGCCAUGUAGCGGUAACUGUAAGUGUGAAAUAAUUCUGCAAUUCCAGUUUCUUUUGAGAUUUUGGUUGUCACAAGAGCACUGUAUGCAGUUUCUGGUAGAAUUGGUUGGAAAGGGUAAACUGUUCAAAGUUAAAAAUAAAUUUAUAUCAAAAAUACAUAUGUCACAAUAUACAACCUUGAGAUUCAUUUUGUUGUGGGCAUACUCAAUAAGUCCAUAAUGGAAUAAUAACCAUAACAGAAUCAGUGAAAGACUGCAUCAAUUUGUGUGUUCAACCAGUGUGCAAAAGACAACAAACUGGAAAUGAUAAAAAUAAAUAAAUAAACAAUAAAUAUUAAGAACGUGAGAUGAAGAAUCCUUGAAACUGAGUCUAUAGGUUGUGGGAACAGUUCGGCGAUGGGGCAAAUGAAGUUGAGUGAAGUUAUCCUCUUUUGUUCAAGGGCCUGAUUAUUGCGGGGUAGUAAUGUGCCUGAACCUGGUGGUGUUGAGUUCUGAGGCUCCUGUAUCUUCCCCUUAAUGGCAUCCACGAGGAGAGAGCGUGACUUGGGUGGUGAGGGUUCUUGAUGGAUGCCGCUUUCCUGCGACAGUGCUUUUUGUAGAUGUGCUCACUGGUGUGCAGAGCUUCACCCAUGAUGGACUAGGCCAUAUCCAUUUCUUUUUGUAGGAUUUUCCAUUCCAGGGUGUAGAUGUUUUCAUUCCAGUCUGUGAUGUAGACAGUCAAUAUACUCUCUUUUAUACAUCUAUAGAACAAUGGCAAAGUUUUAGAUGUCAUGCUGAACCUUUACAAACUGCAGGAAGUACAGGCACUGCUGUGUUUUGUUUUGUAAUUGCACUUGUGUGCUGGGCCCAGGACAGAUCCUCUGAAAUAAUAACACUGAAGAAUUUAAAGUUGCUGACCCCCUCCACCUCUGAUCCUCCAAAUGAGGAUUAGCUCAUAGACCUUUUUUUCCCCUUCUGAAGUCAAUAAUCAGCUUCUUGGUCUUGCUGGCAUUGAGUAAGAGGUUGUUGUUAUGGCACCACUCAGCCAGAUUUUCAAUCUCCCUCCUAUUUGCUGACUUGUCACUAACUUUGAUUCGGCUAUGACAGUGGUGUCGUCAACCAUCUUCAAUAGGGAAUUGGAGCUGUGCUUAGUCUCACAGUCAUAAUCAUAAAGCCAGUAGGGGGCUAAGCACACAGCUUUGUGGUGCUACUAUGCUGAUGGAGAUUGUGGAGUAGAUGUUGCCAAUCCAAACUGUCUGGGGUCUGCAGGUGAGGAAAUCGAGGAUCCAAUUGCACAAGGAUGUAAUGAGGCUGAGGUCUUGAAGCUUAUUGAUUAGUUUUGAGGGGGAAAUAAUAAUGGAUACGGAACUGUAGUCAAUUAAGAGGAUCCUGAUUAUGCAUCACUCCUGUUCAGAUGUUACAGGGUUGAGUGAAGAGCCAAUGAGAAGGUGUCUGCUGUGGACCUGUUGUGCCAGUAGCCAAAUUAGAGCAGAUCCAAGUCGCUACUCAGGCAGGAGUUAAUGUGUUUCAUCAACCUCUCAAAACACUUCAUCACUGCAGAUAUAAGUGCAACUGGAUGAUAGUCAUUGAGGCAGGUUACUAAGUUCUUCUUGGGCAUUGGUAUAAGUGAAGGCUUCUUGAAGAAGAUGGGUUCCUCAAACUGCCUAAGUGGGAGGUUAAAGAUCUCAGUGAACACACCAGCCAGUGGAUCAGUACAGGUCUUUAGUACUUGGUCAGGUACCUUGUCUGGGCCAGGUGCUCUUCGUGGGUUCACCCUCCUGAAGGCUGCUCACACGCCAGCCUUGGAGACUGAAAUCACAGGAUCAUCAGGGUUGAGGGAGUUUGCGAUGGUUCCUCCAUGUUUUGAUGGUCAAAAUGAGGAUAAAAGAUAUUGAACUCAUCGGAAUAUGAAGCUCUGUUGUUGCCUAUGCUGCUUGAUUUGACUUUAUAAGAGGUGACAGCAUUCAAGCCUUGCCACAACUGUUGACCAUCCUUUGUUGAUUGAAGUUUAGUCUGGAAUUGUCAUUUCAGUUGUGAGAUGGCUUUCCGGAGAUUGUACCUGGAUGUCUUGUAUAACUUUCUUGGUCACCAGACUUGAAAGCCUCUGACCUAGCCCUCAGCAAGGAUCUCAUGGUUCAUCUAGGGCUUCUGGUUGGGGAAGACUGAAUGAUCUUGUGGGGACACACUUGUCUACAGCGGUUUUAAUAAAGUCCAUCGCAACCUUGGUUUAUUGAUUUAGAUCUGCAGAGUUCUUGAACACAGUGCAGUCCACCCACUGGAAACAAUCCUGUUGCUGCGCCUCUGCCUCCACAACUAUCUCUUUGUUGUCCUAAUUUCUGGAGUCUCUGCCUGCAUGCAGGAAAAUGACAGCCAAAUGAUCAAAUUCACUGAAAUAUGGUCUGGGCAUGGAAUGGUAGGCAUCUUUCUGAUGAUUACAUGCAAAUUUAAUUUAGGAACACCUAAUUAUUCAUUCAUUGCAAUUUUUGGCCAUUUAUCUUCCGUAAAAUACUGCUCACAGUAAACUUUGGUGUGCUGGAAGAUCGGGCUUUCAACAUAUUUUCAUUUUGGAAGGCAGAGGUCUAAUGCUCAAGUACUUCUGGAGGAAAAUAUUGACUCUGGAAAUAUUGUUUUGAGCCAGGUCAGAGUUUCCAUGAGGCUAAUAAGCUCUGAUAAAAAGAUACUAAUAGUGGCUUGCUUUCACACUGUUUUGAAAGCAAAGGGAUCUGAGGUCUGCUUGCUCAAGGUUAGUGAUUGGAACAUAAGUUUCCAAAUAAAAACGCUAAUUAGGUCCUUGCACCGUUAGUAGUGUUUGAUCUGUUACAGUUGAAGAAAUUUAAAUUGUCUGUCGUAUUGGUGGUUUUAAUUAGAAGCUCCUGUAUUAGUUAAUCUGGCAAAGUUCUGUUGUGUAUUGGCAAGAACUGUGAUUUUUCAGAAACUCAACAAAGUUGAUGGAACAGUUUGCUCCAUAAAAGCUGCUUAACCUUAGUAUACAGUAACUCAGUUACUUUCAGUUUCAGAAAUUUCAGCUUGUAGUUGAUAUAAUUACAUAAUUUGCUAUUUUAUCAGCUGUCAUAGGUAGCAUUGAGACUCUCGGGGUGUUUUUUAAAUCACACAGCUCGUCAACGAACCAUAUAAUGAAAUGUUACAUGGUCAGAUGCUUUUUGUUUCAAGAACUUGUUUUUACUGCUGAUCUUAAAUUCUGCCCUGCUGUAUUUAAUAUGGCAAUUUAUACACUUAUUGGCCAAUUUAUUAGGUACUGGAGUGGCCACAGGAGUGAAAUCCGGUGUGGUCUUCUGCUGCUGUAGCCCAUCCACUUAAAGGUUUGGCAUAUUGUGUGUUCAGAGAUGCUCUUCUGCACACCACUGUUGUAAUGCGUGAUUAUUUAUGUCACUGUUGCCUCCCUGUCAGCUUGCAUCACUUGGCCAUUCUUCCCUGACCUUUCUCAUUAACAAGGCUUUAUCACUCAUAGAACUACUGCUCAUUGGAUGUUUUUAGUUUUUUUGCACCAUUCUCUGUAAGCUACAGACUAUUGUGUGUGAAGAUCCUGGGAGUUCAGCAAUUUCUGAGAUACUCAAACCACCCCUUCUGGCACCAAUAAUUAUCCAUGGUCAAAGCCACUUAGAUCGCUUUUCUUUCCCAUUCUGACGUUUGGUCUGAGCAACUUCUGAACAUGUUGACCAUGUCUGCAUGUUUUUAUGCACUGAGUUGCUGCCACAUAAUUGGUUGACUAGAUAUUUGCAUUAAUGAGCAAAUGUACCUAAUAAAUUGAUCACUGAGUGUAUAUCCAUAUACUUAGUCAUGUGCACCAGAGCAUCUUUCAUUAAACAGAGUUAUAAUAGUGAAGGGCUGAGAAUAUCAAUAUGGUAUCCACUGAGUGUAUGUAGCUUGUCAUACAAGGUUUUUGCAUAGCAGAUUAUAUGUGGUGUUACUAAAUACAACCUCAAAAAAAUCUUUACCUUUGCCUCUAGUUGUUGUGGCAUGGUUUGCAGAUAUUUAGAUACCUUGUUUUAAUUUAGUUUCUUUAUUUGCAUUAAAUUGGCAGAUGUGUAGGUGCUUCAUCAAUGUAUUUGUAUAGCUGAAUAGGAAAAAGAACUCAAGUCUUUGGUCAGAUUUUUCACACUGUUUUGCCAAAUUUUCUUUAUACUUUCCUCCCUUGAAGUUUAGAAAUUAGUAUAACCUUAAACCUGGAGGCAUAAGGGAUCACAGAUGCUGGAUUAUGGAGCAAUAAACAAAUUGCUGGAGGAUGGCAGUGGGUCAGGCAGCAUCUGAGGAUGGAAUAAGUUGAUUGAUGUAGGGUUUUGGCCUGAGAGGUUGACUGUCCAUCUCCCUCUAUGGAUGAUGAGUUCCUCUAGCAAUUAUUUUUUAAAGCAUUUUUGCCAUUUGACAUCCUCAGAUUCUGUGGACGUUGCAAAACUGGUUUGAUUAACUCUUCACGAGUGGGUGCUUUUUUUUUGCUUUGUAAUUAAAAAUAAUUCUUUAAAAGGAAAACUUCAGUGAUUUUCCAUGCAUUAGCCUCUCUUUUUGCCUAAGCUUCUUGAACACUAAUUAGCUAAAUUUGUUUUGAAUUCCUUCCUUAAAGUGCUCAGUCUUGGAGUUUUGUGGUUUCUCUUGUGGAGGUCACAUUAGAAAAACACUUCAUUAGUCUUACUACUGGGUUACUGUUAAGGUAUGAGAGUGUUUUGAGGAUUCAUUUUCAGGAUCUUUGUAACGUAUUGAAGCUUUUAAAGGUAUACCAGAGAACUGCACCAUAUUUCAAAUACUGUACUGUAGGUAAGUGCUGCCUCAUUACAUUAUAGUGCAGAAGAUUCCAUUUUUGAGAUUCCAAGAUUGGAAAUUGGAAUGAAAACUUAAUUCAUCAAUUAUGAUACUGGGAUAAGUGAAGAUGGUGUAGAGGCUGCAGCAUUAAUUUACUACAAUGUUGCCUGCUUGGCCACUGUAUAAAUGUGAGCAGAAAAUGAAAAAGAUAUUACUGUAUAGAGAUUGAUAUCGCUUGCUCUCCCUCUCUAUCAACAAAAAUGUGAGAAGCAUUGCAAUGCAUCAUGUACUUGCUAAUCAAUGACAUUGUAAUUUUUUCUGCUUUUUUAACUUUGGAUAAAUGUUAAGCUUAUCAUCCCAGAUCUUGCAAAGGGUAUUUAAAGUCCUUCGUAUAUCUUGUUGAUUUGGAUGUCUUUUCCAAUAGUUUUACUAUCACUAGCAUUGACUUUGUUGUAAAUGCAGCAAGUAAGAUUGUACUGCUACCAGUAGCAAAGCUGGGAGGUAAUGCAUGACAACUCUAAGCACUGAAAUACAGAUGCAGAAUGUUUACUAUUCUGCUACUUUUCUGAUUACAGAGAAGCUAAGGGCUCAGCCAUCAUUAGGAUAAACGCUGAAGUUGAAGGAAAGGCAAAAUUCUCAUUGUAGGCUGUUGAGCCCAUUUCAUUGUAGCCAAUCUGUAAUGUUAAAAUAAUUCAUGGCAGGUGCAAUUACUGUACACAGUAGCAUACCAGUUAGCACAGCAUUAUUACAGUUCAGGGUGUUAUGAAGUUCAAUUCCAGUGCCGUUCUGUAAUGAGUCUCUGUACAUCCUCCCCGUGGAAUGUGUGGGUUUUCUCCGCAUCUUCCAGUUUCCUCCCACUUUCCAAAGAUGUAUUGGGUUGGUUAAUUGUUCAUUGUAAAUUGCUAUAUGAUUAGGUAGGUUAGGGUUAAUCAAGUUUGUCGAGGUGAUGUGGAUUGAAGGGCCUACUGCCCAUUGUAUCACUGAAUAAAUAAUUUUGUAAAUUAUUAUCACUGCUUUAUUAUCUUUUCCCAGACCCAGUGGUUUCCUUUGCUAUAUGAUAGAAUUUUAGACAAUGUUUUCAGGUUUUAAACUAGUUUAUCUAAUGCAUCUUCUUGAUAACAUAAUCCAAACUGUGCAUGGUGCCUGAUGAUAUCAGGACAGAAGCACCAGAUAGUGAAGAAUAAUCAAAAUUGUAUUUGCGACAUUAAAAUUUAAGUUAAAUUUGAAUUAUUUACAUAAUAUUAUACUUCUUUGAUGUUAGAUAGGUUGUCUUAUCGAAAUAAAAUAAUUCCAGCUUGUUUACAAAGAAAUUUGCAUAAUGAUAUUCAGCAGUAUAAAUUGACACUUAAGAGCUUGCUUGCACAUUUUAAUGAGAUGCAAAUCACAAAUUGCUUACCAUACAGGAUAAGAUAGAUGACUAGAUUUUAGAUUGGUAAUUUUCUCCAUAAAUCUUGUUUAAGAGACAUCUGAGUAUGUUGCGCCCACUAAUACCGAUUUUGAUAGCUCUUUAACAUUUCAAAAUAGAAUAAUAAUUAAACAUUGUUCACAUCCUGUUGACUGAAAAAUAUUCAAUUACAUGGAGAAGGUAUUUGCAUCUGCUAUAGAAGGUAUACAUACUCCUCAAUUUGAUAUGUACAUAAAAAUACUGCAGUCUGGGGUAAGCCUGUUUUUGUCAUUAAUUUUAUAAUUGAUCUUGAGAUGCUCAGUUCUCAUCUAAGUUUCAGAAACAUAGAAUUUACAGCAUAGGGGGUUGCCAGUUAGAACACUAUGUCCAUGCUAGCAAAAAUCAGAUAUCAAUAGGUUCUUCCAAAUUCCUAUCAUGUAUACAGUUGCUCUGUGACCUUGUAAGAUAGGAUUUUUCAAUUACUGAUUAUGGUAUGGUAUAUUAGUGAUGCGUGUUUCUGCCUUAUUCUUUCAGGUUGAGAAUUUCAGAUGACCAUCCAAUCUUUGGAAACUUUUUCCAUUUGCUCCUUUCUAAUCCAAACUAUUGAUCUCUUGUUAGUGACCUUUCAGUUGCAGUUGAGUGUAGAAUAGUAAACUUGCGAGAUCUAAUGCUUUUGGGGUGCAGCAGAAAAGAGAUGAAAGCUCUUUCCCUUUAAAUCUUUAAUCUUAAAUGAUUUGAUACAGUUCUGGAUCAUGUGAGAAGAGCCUGCAUUUAUUGACCUGUACUUUUCCUUUUAGUGGCACUUGCUACUAUUAUAUAGGGGCCUGGUGAGACAACAUUUGGAAUAUUGUGUGCAAAUUUGAUAUCCUUGCCUAAACAAAACAAUACUUGCUAUAAAUGGAAUGUAGUAACAUUUCAUCAGACUUGUCUCUGAGAUGACAGUUGUGUCAUACGAGGAUAAGUUGUGUCGUAGGAUAAGCUUAUGUAGUUUGGAAUAAGAAUUGAACUUCGAUCUCAGUGGCCUCGUCAUGAUUGAUGUAGGGGAAUGUUUCCUAGUCUAAGAAAACUGCAACCAGGAGUUGCAGUUUUUAAAAUGAGAAGAGGGUCAUCUAGCACUGAGUAAGAAUUACUUGUGAGUCUUUGGAGCUCUCUUCUCUGGGUUGCCGUGGACAAAGAAUUACUUGCUGAUUUUAUUGACAACUCUGGCUGAUAUGUUUUUGGCUAUUAGGGGAAUCAAGGGAUAUGUGAUUAAAGCAGGAAAACAGUCUUGAGGGUGAAGCUGAGCCAUGGUUCUGUUAAAUAGAGAAGUAGGCUUGAGGGGCAAAAUAAUCUCCACUCCUGCUCCAUUCACACCAAAAUAAGAAACAUAAGAAUGAAUAUCAGUAGAAAUGAAAGCUGUGUAUAUUCAACUGUAUAUUCCCUGUGGAAAAGUGGCAUUUAAAGAUAUAGUGACAGAGGUGGAAAAGUAUCCAAAUUGCAAGGAGAGCAGAAAAAUCUGUACUUGCAGAAGAACUGGAAUGAAAGAGGACACUCCUAAGGCAGUUAAUUCAGGAUAAAAGAUCCAAGUAGAAAUUGAAGUCAAGCUUCUGAAACAUCACAGGCUAUAAUCCCUCUUCAUAAGAUAAAGAAGUAAUAUAUUAUCGCCUUUACUCUAGAGAAGCGACAAGAAUGAUGAGUGGUUUUCAGAGGUAUGCAGGCGGGCAUUUUGAGUGUUUUUGUAAUGGAUUUGCAAAUUUACUGAGCCAUGUUUGAAUCUUAAUUGCUUAACUGAAGAAAAUCACCAUUUCUUUGUGACUAUUGAAUAAAUGAAUGAUAAUGCAAUAAAUGGAAGGAUUGUUUAAAAAAUGGUAUUGAGUAGAGCAUGGCAUCAAAAAUUCGCACCUCUCUGCUAACCUAGGUGUCCUUUUGUUUGUGGGUGAUACCAUUCAGAUGCAGUUUGUGAUUCCAGUGUAAGCUUGGCAUGCAAGCUGGAAUUGGGUUUGCAUGCCAGAUCUGUGAUUUUGGAGAGAAAAACAAAUGAUAUUUAAGGAAUUCAGCAGGUCAAGUGGCAUCAAUGCAGGAAAAUGAACAGUCAGUGUUUCAGUUCGAGGCUGUUCAUCCUCACACAGGUGAAGACUAGAAUAAAGACAUGAGAGGGAGGGGAAGUGACAGGCGAAAAAGCACUGCUCUGCUGUGGUCUUGUAUUUAUGAAUUUCUGAGUCUGGUUGAUUAUGCAAAAACAUGAAUUAUGAUUCAGAUAUGUCAUUAAAAGUUUAUGAUAAAAUGUUUUAUUACUUAUUCAACUUUUCCUAAGCAAUUUGAAUACUUAAUAUUUUGUCCUUCCAGUUUGAACUGAAGGUUAGCAUUCACUUUGCGGUUAAAAGAGCUAAUUAUAUAUGAUUGCAUUUUGUGAGUUGUGAAGAGCUUACGCGUCUGUCCUUUGAUGUGAAACCACUAGAGAGCAAUAUGUGAAGUUUCAGGAUAAUGAGAAACUCAAAUUUCAGGAUUAAUGAUAUAAAUAAAAUCAACUGUGGUAAUGAAAAAUAACAAUUUUUACUGAUUCUUCCACAGAGAGCUGUAAUGUUUGUCAGAAUGUUGAAAUACUAAGGGCAUGUAAAGUGUAAAAACACAAUUAUUUGUACCUGUUUUCAUGUGUUUUAAAAUAUUAUUUAAUAAAUAAAGUAAUUCUU